CCGCUAGGACGCCUUUUAUUAUUUUAUAUUCUAGUUCAUCUAUGCGUGCUCGCGUAAAAUAGGCUAGAAAAGUGUGUGUAAAAUAAGAUUAAAGUGUGGUGGUGCAGAUAAAGUAAAAGACAAGACAGUAAAACACAAGAAGUCCCGGGACUUGCCCCAUAAAGUGCACCCCGACCAAAAUGGAUGAGGAGGUCCGAAAUUUAUUAAAGGCGUGGAAUCUCGAUGCUUAUAUAGAAGUAUUCAAAGGUAAGUACUUUCUUUGUUUUUUCAUCUUAGGUAAGCCUUAACAUUUGUUGUUACAACUAGCGACACGAAUCACGAGUUCUGACCUUGAAUGCGCAAAAUACACUUUUCAUACAUCGUCCAUCGUUUUAGUACUGCGCAUAUUCCCUCCACUCCAACGGUCAAAACUAUCGCGCCGCUAGUUGUAUUCAAUUGUGGCCAUGCGUAGAAUUCUCCCGGUAAAACUUACUAGAAAGACGCAUGUCCGGGAGCAUCGUCAUUUGUUUAUAUUUCUGAGAAGACGACUAGUCGUGUGUGGCGUAGAGGUGAGAUGAUCUGACUGCCAACCCACGGGUCGCGUGUUCGGUCCCCGCACGUUGUAAACGUGGGCUUAAAUUAACAUAAAUAUAACUCAAGUCUUACUGCUGUCGCCAGGGCAGAGGGGCGGGGGGGCGCCGGGUUCCGACGAGCUAAAUAAGAUAUUCUUCUAAUUUUAUAAUUUAUAUUGCAGAUAAUGAGAUAACAUCUUUAUCACUGCCCCUAUUAGGGGAGGCAGAAACAAAAGAUUUGAUUCCUAAAGUGGGGCCGAGGUCAAUAUUUUUAAGAAAUUUGGAAAUAUAUAAAAAGACUAUGCACCCGGACUGCCAAAAUUCAACUGCAUGUGAAGAUUUGGAUAUAUCUAUAACAGAUCUACUGCAUUAUCCGCUUGAAAAUCAAGCGGGAACAAGCACACCUACACCGAAAUCUCCUAUUCAAAUCACUUCGAGUUUACCGAACCCAACUUUGACAAUAGCAGUUCCUGCUGACAGCCAAAUAAUUGAUGUAUAUGAUUUAAAAUUGCUAUUAAGUAGCAGUCUAGAAGGAAAAGGCCUUCUUAAUUUGGACAAUAACAUCCCAUUAGAAAACGCAUCACGACAAAGAUUGGUUAGAUUAAUUGGUACAGCAAUAUUAAGGGACACUCCAGAUAAAUUGAUUAGAACUACCGUUUAUGCCAAUUGGGCCAGAGAAAUAGUACGAGUAUUUCCAUGUGAAAAACCAUCUGUGUACUUUCACAGUAAAAUUGUAGAGUCUACACGUGGCCUUAUCACCAGAUUGGCUGGCAAGUUGCCUGAUCAAAUACAUAAUUUGAAAAGGAAAUAUCGGGAAUCCGGUGUAAUUGAAAAACGCAGACGAAUUUCAAGAUCCUCUGAUACAUCAAACCCAUCUUCACCAUUGCUACGCUUACCUGAAGAAUACAUUCUAGAACAAGAGGAAGAUAUCCCUGAUGCCAUUUUAUGGCUGAAAAAUUCCAGUGAGCCUUGGUCAACCGUUUUACAAAAGUGGACAGAGACAACCCGAACUCGCUUAAACCUUUCCAAAGAAUUAUCCAUAUCUCAAUAUUUUAAGGAGUACCCGGCUUUGAAGAAAGCAACUGGAUAUGUAUUAGUAAGUAUCUAGGUAUAUAAAAAAAAGUACCUUAAAGUUAAAUUGAAGUUAUUUUUUGACUAACAUUAUGACUUUGUUCUCAGCUGGAAAAAGACUUUGAAGAGUUAUAUGCUGGGAAGUAUACAGAUAUUGUUGAGAGUUUUGCUCCUUUAAAAGAAAAAAAUUUUAAACUGGCCGAGAAGAAAAACAAUGCUCACAGCAAGGAUACAACUCUAAAUGAACUUCUCAGUUUGAAAGAUUCAUCGGAAGAGAGCUCCAACAUUGCUUGCAUGUUAUUAAUCCCUACACUUUUGGCUGUAACAAGUAUACGGUUAAAAAACUGUCAAAAAAAAGUCUGGCGGCCAUCGAAAGACGAAGUCAGGGAAGGAUUCAUCACACACGUGAAAAAUGAUUGCGAUGUGAGGUCAGUUAUAAAUGCUAGGAGAGAAAAAUUUAGGCAAUGGGGUCUUACAGUACAACCCUUCAUUAUAAUCGUGGGUACAUCUCUUGACACGAUUAAAUCUUAUUUUCUAAUUAUCGAUGAAGUGUGGUACGAUCUUCCUAACAUUUUGUCUGUUGUUAGUGCAUGUUUUAAAUUGAUCUGGGUAGUCAAUGCCCAAUAUUCAGCAGAGUGUCUUAGUACGUGGAUGUUCAUUCAGCGCGCGUAUUUUAAGCUUAAUACUAAAUUUGAUACUCAAUCAACAUCAGCUCAUACCCUGUUGGGAGAGCUGGGCAUUGAUAUAUGAUAUACUUACAUAAAGAGUUUUAAUAUUCAAAAAGAAGAAAACCUAUUUUUAAUUGCUUAAUACACUUCAGCAGUUAAGGAAAGAUUUGUUUGUUGUAAGCGUUUAGUAUUACUUUUUUUUUAACAUAAUGGUUAUUUGUUUUAUCUGUAGAUAUGCCGUAGAUAUAAAGGCAUUUAGGAAUCAUUUAAAAUUUAAACACAGUAACCGCACUAUAGCGACAUAUGAGUGCUGCGAAGAUGACUGUAGGAGGUCAUUUCAAAUAUAUAGUUCUUUUAAAAGGCACUUAGAGAAAUGUCAUGUAUCUAAAGAACAAUGCUUGCAGACAUCUAAUAUUGUAGAAAAUAACGAUUUCAAUUCGCACGAAUUGCCGCCAUCAGACAAUGUUUUAAAUCAAAGCAAUGUAAACAUACCCUCAUGUUCGGUUUCUUCUGAAUUGUCAUACUCUUUACAACAAACAAGCUCAAUCGAUAACGUUAUUUCCACAUUUAUAGCAUCACUUUAUGGUAAUACAUUGCUGCCCAGAAAUGUAAUUCAAAGCAUUGUUAAUAAUCUAAGUGACUGUCUAACUUCAUUGGUCCCAGUAAUAGAACAGAGUGUCAAUAAGGUUUUGGUUGAACAUUCAAUCAGUUCGACUGGUAUUUUAAAGAAUUUAACUAAUGAAGUACAGACUGCAGUAACAUCUUCAUUAAACAAUUUUUUGACCGAACGUAAACGUUUGAAUUAUUUUUUUGAAAAAGGGUCUUACAUUAAACCUCACCCUGUGUGUAUUGGACAACGGCUUACUGCAGUGAAAAGUCAAGGAAUAACACGUUUGCAACCUGUAGACUGCCAUGAACAAUUUAUUCCUCUAAGAGAAACUCUAAAAAAAUUUUUAUCUCUAAAUAAUGUAUUAUCUGAAAUGUUACAGUACAUUGAAAGUUUAAAUUUAAAACAGGAAAAAGAAAAUUUUAUUCAAGGUACAUAUUGGAAAGAGAGAAUGAAUCACCAUGACGACAGGACAGUGAUUCCUUUAUUUAUGUAUUUUGAUGACUAUGAGACCGGAAACGUUCUUGGGAGCCAUGCUGGUGUACAUAAAUUGGGGGCAGUUUAUGUUUCUAUUCCAUGUCUUCCUCCCUGGCGCUCUUCUGCUCUUUCCAAUAUAUUCUUAGUUUUAUUAUUUCAUUCAUCGGACAGGAUUUCUUUUGGUAAUCACAUUAUAUUUCGUCCAGUUAUAAACGAAUUGAAUUAUUUAAGUGAAAUUGGUAUAUCCAUAGACAUUCCAACUUACAAAGGAAAUAUCUACUUUGAACUUGGUUUGAUUCUGGGUGAUAAUUUAGGGUUACAUUCAAUGCUAGGACUUGUGGAAAGCUUCUCAGCUAACUAUUCAUGUAGGGUAUGUAAAGUAACUAAAACUGAUCUAAAGAAACAGUGCUUUGAAGAUGAGACUCAGCUACGCAAUAACGAUAUGUAUAUUGCAGAUUUGGCUUUGGGUAAUGCAACUUUGACAGGUGUUAAAGAAAGAUGCGUUUUUCUAGACGUUAAAUACUUUGAUAUGUUUCAGCAGGUUGGGGUUGACAUAAUGCAUGAUGUUCUGGAAGGUGUAGCAAAAUAUUUAUUAAGUUUUAUGUUAUUAGAGUACACUCGGAGGCUUAAUUUGUUUUCUUUAUCUGUUCUUAAUGACAAAAUGUCAUCAAUGGACUUUGGACCAGAUUCUAAAAAUAGACCAUGUUCGAUAGAAAAAGAUCAUCUGAUUCGGGGUACAUUACGUUUAUCUUCAGGGGAGAUGUUAACUCUUUUACGAUUCCUGGGAAUAAUGAUUGGAGAUUUCGUGCCGAGAGAAGACUUUAUUUGGAUUUUAUAUGUAAAAUUGAGAAAAAUUCUUGACAUAAUUCUUAGUGCAAAAAUUACAGUCGGCACAGAAGAUUUGUUACAAGUAUUGAUAGGUGAAUUUAAUGAGCUAUAUAUAAAAAUAACCAAAGACAGUCUAAAACCAAAAUUUCAUAAUAUGAUUCAUUAUCACUCUGCUCUUGUAAAAUACGGACCUAUUUCUUCAUUAUGGUCAAUGCGAUUUGAAGGUAAACAUAGACAUUCAAAAAUGGCUGCGAAAGCAUCAUGCAAUCGUGUUAACCCGACUUUAACUUUGGCUAUGAGACAUCAACUUCAACUAAAUGAAAUAUUUCACCGUGGCAGUCUAAGUGAUGUUCUAAAAGUAGAACCUAAGAAGAAAGUUUCGCAGUCAGCCACAAAGAUUGUUCAAUCAAAAUUACAUUUAGAUUCUUCCAAAUCAUUAAUAAGUGUGAAUUGGGCUAUGUAUUCAUCUGUACGUUAUGACAUAGGGUGUAUACUUGUACAUAGCGUAAAUGAUGAUGAGUAUCUUUACAAUUUCUUAAUUGUGAACCAAAUUUACCUAUACGACGUAAAUCAGUUAAUUUUUUCGGGUACGUUGUUAGAUACUGUUGAGUUUGAUGAUCAUUAUUAUGCAUACCAUGUCAAAACUCCUGACCAAGUUGUCUAUUGCACUGUAUUUUAUGAAUCCUUACUUUCACCGAUUCCAAAUGCUAAGAGUGUUUCACUAUAUGGUAAACAGUACAUAGUUUUGAGAAGUCCCUUGUAAUUUUUUUUUUAUUGUAUUGUUAGAGAUGUAAAAAAUAUUUUUAUCACCAGUGAUAAGUUUCAAGACACCAAAUGUCUUAUAACCUGCUGAAUUUUGAUCCGUGGUAUCCGGUAAUAUGUACGUGGUAUCGUACGUACGUGUUUGUUGUCCUGAAAUCUAUCAAAUAAAAUGGCUUUGUCAGCUGAUCCCAAAAAUAUAGUACAUGAAUGCAUUACAGCUUCUGGUAUUCUAUAAAUCAAUCAGCAAAUGUUAAAACAUGCUAAGUUUGGACUAUUCGAGGUAGAAAAAGAUUGAAAGCAUAAGAUGUAAAAGCUAAAGAAGUUUCGGUGGUUUGGAUAUGAGGAUAUUUCAAGUCGUUUGUAUUAUAUAUACUUUAUAAAAAUGCCUUCAACCAUUUUCUACCUAGAGCAGUCCAAACUUGGCAUGUUUUAACAUUUGCUGUUUGAUUUAUAUAAUACCGAUAGCUGUAAUGCAUUAAUGUACUAUGUGAUUGGGAUCGACAAAGCCAUUUAAUUUAAUAGGUUUCAGAACUACAAAUUUCAAAAUUACAUACAAAAAAGAAGACAUUAGGUAUAUAUUGACAAGCAAGCGGCGCAGGCGCAGAGAGUUUGGGCACGUUAUAUCAAGCAUUAUUUUGAACAUAAUUGCAAAUUUUCAGCCGGUUAUGGAAGAUUUAGUGUCUAAAACUUUAUAAUCCUACACUAUAAGAUUCUUUUUAAAGUUGACCUAGAUUAGAUUAAUUAUUAAUCCUACAGUAUGAUUACUUUUAAAGUUGACUUAGAUUAGAUUGAUUAUUAAUCCAACACUAUAAGAUUAUUUUUAAAAUUGACCUAGAUUAGAUUGAUUAUAAAUAAAUGUGAAACUUAUAUGAAACUAGAGGUAUUAUAUGAAACUCUUCUAUGUAUCGUUUCGUCUAAAGGCAAAAAUAAAUCAGUGUCAUUAUA